AUGACAGUUGGAAUUGAUCACGCUGGACUAGAACUCAGUAAUGAAAGUCAUCUGAACAUCCACUCAUUGCCUUCGGAAAUGACCAAUUCUAACAUUUUCCAGGAUACUUGGGAACUGGCUUUUGUUCCUUCCAGAAACACCCUUGUGAAGGAAAUUAUCGACUUACUGAAAACCAAUUUAAAUUAUAACUUUAAAGUUGAAGCCUUUGAUUCAGAAAAAGAUUUUGAAGCUUAUGUCCAGACAAAUAAUAACUAUGAAAAAGUUUUGGCUGCUAUUAUUUUUGAAGAAGACUUCAAAGACGAUGUACCAGAUUGGCUGAAAGGAGUACCUCGGAAGAUACGAUCUCCAGAAAUUGAACAAAUGCUUUCUGCUUUUAACCUUUAUGAAAACCGUAAUGUAUACACCACUGGACUGAGUGGAGGAAUGGAGCGCAAAGUUUCUAUCAUUAUGGCACUUUUAGGAGGUUCCAAGGUGGUGAUACUUGAUGAACCAACAUCUGGUAUGGACCCAGCAUCCAGGAGGUCCACCUGGGAAAUCCUUCGGCAUUAUAAACAGGAUCGUACCAUCUUAUUGACCACUCAUUACAUGGAUGAGGCUGACAUCUUGGGUGACCGCAUUGCCAUAAUGAUCAAAGGAUCUUUGAAGUGCUGUAUUGGAUAUCACAUAGUCAUGGUGAAAGAAUCACAUUGUAAUGUUGAAGAAAUCUUCAAAGUGAUUGAUCGUUAUGUCCCAACAGCCACCUUGGAUAGAAAUCUUAAGUACGAAUUGUCUUUUCUGUUACCCAAGGAACACAGAGACAGGUGGGAUAUAAAGAAACUGAAAGGUUCAGCAGUCCAGAAACUGCUCCGACUCGGAGAAAUGAAAAGACAAAGGCUAAAAAGACAGGCAAAAGCUCAAGUGGGGUCUUUAUUCUGUAUUCUGGCUGACCAGGGUGCAUUGCGUGUUCAAAAUCAAACAGAGGCAAAGGAUCACGUGGUGGUCUACGUUCCUUCUUAUAUACCCUAA